AUGGACGAGGACGAGCGUGGAGCGAAGAAGCCCAAGCUCAAAGCCAGCAGCGGACCCCACCUCCCCCGCGGCAACGCCAACUUCUUGGCCAUGGUGGACAACCUGCAGGGCGACUCUGGCCGUGGCUACUACCUGGAGAUGUUGAUCGGAACCCCCCCGCAGAAGCUGCAGAUUCUCGUUGACACUGGAAGCAGCAACUUCGCCGUGGCAGGUGCCCCGCACUCUUACAUAGACUCGUACUUUGACGCGGAGAGGUCCAGUACUUACCGCUCCAAGGGCUUUGACGUCACGGUCAAGUACACGCAAGGCAGCUGGACGGGCUUCGUCGGGGAGGACGUUGUCACCAUCCCGAAGGGCUUCAAUAGCUCAUUUCUUGUCAACAUCGCCACUAUCUUUGAGUCAGAGAAUUUCUUUCUGCCUGGAAUCAAGUGGAAUGGGAUCCUGGGACUCGCAUAUGCUGCUCUGGCCAAGCCGUCAAGUUCCCUGGAGACAUUCUUCGAUUCCCUGGUGGCCCAGGCGAAGAUACCCGAUGUCUUCUCCAUGCAGAUGUGUGGGGCGGGGCUGCCUGUAGCUGGAUCUGGUACCAACGGAGGUAGUCUUGUCCUGGGUGGAAUUGAGCCGAGUUUGUACAAAGGAGACAUCUGGUAUACCCCUAUUAAGGAGGAGUGGUAUUAUCAGAUAGAAAUUCUCAAGUUGGAAAUUGGAGGCCAGAGCCUGAAUCUGGACUGCAGAGAGUAUAACGCAGACAAGGCCAUCGUGGACAGCGGCACCACACUUCUGCGCCUGCCCCAGAAGGUGUUCAAUGCAGUGGUUGAGGCCGUGGCCCGCACGUCUCUGAUUCCAGAAUUCUCUGAUGGUUUCUGGACUGGGUCCCAGCUGGCUUGCUGGACGAAUUCUGAGACACCUUGGUCUUACUUCCCUAAAAUCUCCAUCUACCUGAGAGACGAGAACUCCAGCCAGUCGUUCCGUGUAACCAUCCUGCCUCAGCUCUACAUCCAGCCCAUGAUGGGGGCGGGCCUGAAUUAUGAAUGUUACCGGUUCGGCAUUUCACCUUCCACGAACGCGCUGGUGAUCGGUGCUACCGUGAUGGAGGGCUUCUACGUGAUCUUCGACAGAGCUCGGAAAAGGGUGGGCUUUGCGGCCAGCCCCUGUGCAGAAAUUGCAGGUGCUCCAGUAUCUGAAAUCUCCGGGCCUUUCUCAACAGACGACGUAGCCAGCAACUGCGUCCCCGCCCUGCCUUUGAAUGAGCCCAUUUUGUGGAUCGUCUCUUACACGCUCAUGAGCGUGUGUGGAAUCAUCCUUCUCAUCCUCAUCAUCCUGUUGCUGCUGCCCUUUCGGUGUCGGCACCUGCCCCGCGAUCCCGAGGUUGUCAAUGAUGAGUCCUCUCUCGUCCGGCAUCGCUGGAAAUGAAGAGCAGAGGCCGAACUCGAGCGACCUUGGACUCUCUGUGAAGAGAGUUACAUUUCAGGUGGAGCAGGUGGGGUCAUGAGGCAGGGCUGCUCCCUGUGUCCACUAGUCUUAAAUCUGUUCUGCUCCCAGAUGCCUUCCAGAUUACACUGUAUUUUGAUUCUUGAUUUUAAAGCUUCCUUCUUCUCCCUCACUUCCAAGAAAAAUUAUAAUAAAAAACACCUCAUUCUAAACCAAAAGAGAGUGAAUUGGGCUUCAGGCUUUCUGUGACUGGUCAUGCCAAACUGUCGAGGUGUGCCACCAAAAAAACCCCGCAAGCUUCUGGCUAGUUCUCCUCUUCCUUACGUCUCUGGAGAAAUGAGUACGUAUGGUUCGUAACUCCUCUUAG